GACGUCGUCGGAGGAAGGCUGAAAAAGCCCUGGGUGCUGCCGUUGCUAGUACAAGUCUGACUUGUCGCCGGAGCUGCGCGUCUGCACGGGUUUCGGACCGAGCGGAGCUUGCUGCCGCGGUCGCCGAGCCUGCCCUGUGCUCGCCCCUGCCCACGUCGCGGUGAUGGAGCCGGCCACCGUGCUGUCCCCGGGCCCGCGCCCGGCGCUGCCCCUCGGGGGCCCGGGCCCGCUGGGCGAGUUCCUGCCUCCCCCGGAGUGUCCGGUCUUCGAGCCCAGCUGGGAAGAGUUCGCGGACCCCUUCGCUUUCAUCCACAAGAUCCGGCCCAUAGCCGAACAGACGGGGAUCUGUAAGGUGCGGCCGCCGCCGGAUUGGCAGCCACCAUUUGCCUGUGAUGUUGAUAAACUUCAUUUUACUCCACGUAUCCAGAGGCUAAAUGAACUGGAGGCCCAAACACGUGUAAAAUUGAAUUUCCUGGAUCAGAUUGCAAAGUAUUGGGAGCUGCAGGGAAGUACUCUGAAGAUUCCGCAUGUGGAGAGGAAGAUCCUAGAUUUGUUCCAGCUUAAUAAGUUAGUUGCAGAAGAAGGUGGGUUUGCAGUUGUUUGCAAGGAAAGAAAAUGGACCAAAAUUGCCACCAAGAUGGGUUUUGCUCCUGGUAAAGCUGUGGGUUCCCACAUCAGGGGACAUUAUGAGCGAAUCCUCAAUCCAUACAACUUAUUCCUGUCUGGAGACAGUUUGAGGUGUCUUCAGAAGCCUAGCCUGACCUCGGAUACAAAGGACAAGGAGUACAAACCCCACGAUAUUCCCCAGAGGCAGUCUGUACAGCCCUUAGAAACCUGUCCUCCAGCCCGCCGAGCAAAGCGCAUGAGAGCAGAGGCCAUGAAUAUUAAAAUAGAGCCAGAAGAGGCAGCAGAAGCCAGGACUCACAAUCUGAGACGCCGAAUGGGUUGUCCAACUCCAAAAUGUGAAAAUGAGAAAGAAGUGAAAAGUAACAUCAAGCAAGAACCCACUGAGAAGAAGGAGUGCAUGUUAGAAAGUGAGAAGGAGAAGCCCAAGAGUCGGUCUAAGAAAAGCACUAAUGCUGUGGACCUGUAUGUAUGCCUCUUAUGUGGCAGUGGCAAUGACGAGGACCGGCUGCUCCUGUGUGAUGGCUGCGAUGACAGUUACCAUACCUUCUGCUUGAUUCCCCCUCUCCACGAUGUUCCCAAGGGAGACUGGAGGUGUCCUAAGUGUUUGGCUCAAGAGUGCAGCAAGCCGCAAGAAGCGUUCGGCUUUGAGCAAGCAGCAAGGGAUUACACUCUCCGCACCUUUGGGGAGAUGGCAGACUCGUUUAAAUCUGAUUACUUCAACAUGCCAGUCCAUAUGGUUCCUACAGAGCUGGUAGAGAAGGAGUUCUGGCGACUGGUGAGCACUAUUGAAGAAGAUGUCACGGUGGAGUAUGGAGCUGACAUCGCUUCCAAGGAGUUUGGCAGUGGCUUCCCUGUACGAGAUGGGAAAAUCAAGAUUUCCCCCGAGGAGGAGGAGUAUCUUGAUAGUGGCUGGAAUUUGAACAAUAUGCCAGUGAUGGAGCAGUCUGUCCUUGCUCAUAUUACUGCUGAUAUAUGUGGCAUGAAACUCCCUUGGUUGUAUGUGGGCAUGUGCUUUUCUUCCUUCUGUUGGCAUAUUGAAGACCACUGGAGCUAUUCUAUCAACUACCUGCACUGGGGUGAGCCAAAAACCUGGUAUGGAGUUCCAGGAUAUGCUGCUGAGCAGCUAGAAAAUGUAAUGAAGAAACUAGCUCCAGAGCUAUUUGUGUCCCAGCCAGAUCUCCUCCACCAGCUUGUGACCAUCAUGAACCCCAACACUCUGAUGACUCAUGAAGUGCCUGUUUAUCGAACAAAUCAGUGUGCUGGGGAGUUUGUGAUUACAUUUCCAAGAGCCUACCACAGCGGUUUCAACCAAGGUUUUAAUUUUGCCGAGGCUGUUAACUUCUGCACUGUAGAUUGGCUGCCAUUGGGCCGCCAGUGCGUGGAACAUUAUCGUUUGCUGCACCGUUACUGUGUCUUUUCCCACGAUGAGAUGAUAUGCAAAAUGGCUUCCAAGGCUGAUGUGUUAGAUGUUGUGGUGGCGUCAACUGUUCAGAAAGACAUGGCCAUUAUGAUUGAGGAUGAAAAAGCUUUAAGGGAAACUGUGCGUAAAUUGGGAGUAAUUGAUUCAGAAAGAAUGGAUUUUGAGCUGUUGCCAGAUGAUGAGCGGCAGUGUAUAAAAUGCAAAACUACAUGCUUCAUGUCUGCCAUCUCCUGCUCUUGUAAACCUGGCCUGCUUGUUUGCUUACAUCAUGUAAAAGAAUUGUGUUCCUGUCCCCCUUAUAAGUAUAACCUGCGGUACAGGUAUACUCUGGAUGAUCUCUAUCCCAUGAUGAAUGCAUUGAAGCUUAGAGCAGAGUCUUACAAUGAAUGGUCCUUAAAUGUGAAUGAAGCUUUGGAAGCAAAGAUCAACAAGAAGAAAAGUCUUGUUAGCUUCAAAGCUUUAAUCGAAGAAUCAGAAAUAAAGAAGUUCCCGGACAAUGACCUUUUACGUCAUCUUCGCCUAGUCACACAGGAUGCAGAAAAGUGUGCUUCUGUUGCCCAGCAAUUGCUUAAUGGCAAAAGGCAGACAAGGUAUCGAUCUGGUGGAGGAAAGUCUCAGAAUCAGUUGACAGUGAAUGAACUCCGACAGUUUGUGACUCAGCUGUAUGCUCUUCCCUGUGUCCUUAGUCAAACACCAUUGCUAAAGGAUCUCUUGAAUCGUGUAGAAGAUUUUCAACAGCAUAGCCAGAAACUCCUGUCUGAGGAAAUGCCUAGUGCUGCUGAGCUACAGGACUUGCUGGAUGUCAGCUUUGAAUUUGAUGUUGAACUUCCACAACUCGCUGAGAUUCGUACUCGCUUAGAACAGGCCCGUUGGCUAGAAGAGGUGCAACAGGCUUGCCUAGACUCCAGCUCCCUGUCUUUGGAUGAUAUGAGACGACUCAUAGACUUAGGGGUGGGGCUGGCUCCAUAUUCAGCAGUGGAGAAAGCUAUGGCCCACCUGCAAGAACUGCUUACAGUGUCAGAGCACUGGGAUGAUAAAGCCAAAGGUCUUCUCAGAGCAAGACCACGGCAUUCUUUGAAUAGUCUUGCUACAGCAGUAAAGGAAAUCGAGGAGAUCCCUGCCUAUCUGCCCAAUGGUGCAGUCUUGAAAGAUUCAGUGCAGAAAGCCAGAGACUGGCUUCAGGAUGUAGAUGCCCUGCAGGCAGGAGGACGUGUGCCAGUGUUAGAAACACUUGUUGAACUUGUUGCAAGGGGCCGGUCUAUCCCAGUACAUCUGACUCCUUUACCAAGAUUAGAAUUACUAGUAGCUGACGUUCAGGCUUGGAAAGAAUGUGCUUCUAAAACAUUCUUGACUGAGAAUUCACCAUAUUCUCUGUUAGAGGUGCUUUGUCCGAGGUGUGAUAUUGGCCUUUUGGGGUUGAAAAGGAAACAGAGAAAGUUGAAGGAGCCCCUACCAAGUGGGAAGAAGAAGAGCACCAAACUAGAGAGUCUGAGUGACCUGGAGAGGGCCUUAAUGGAAAGCAAAGAGACCGCCUCAGCUAUGGCAACUCUUGGGGAAGCUCGCCUAAGAGAGAUGGAAGCUUUGCAGUCCCUCAGAUUUGCCAAUGAAGGAAAAUUGAUGUCACCUGUUCAAGAUGUGGAGAUGAAAGUCUGCCUGUGUCAGAAGACUCCAGCGACUCCCAUGAUCCAGUGUGAACUCUGCAGGGAUGCUUUCCACACUAGCUGUGUAGCAGCACCCAGUAUUUCACAAAGCCCUCGGAUUUGGCUUUGUCCUCAUUGUCGGAGGUCAGAGAAGCCUCCAUUAGAGAAAAUUCUGCCCCUGCUGGCCUCCCUACAACGUAUUCGAGUCCGUCUUCCUGAGGGCGAUGCACUUCGCUAUAUGAUUGAAAGAACCGUGAACUGGCAACAUAGAGCCCAGCAAUUGCUUUCUUCAGGGAAUCUAAAACUUGUACAAGACCAAGUGGGCUCUGGACUGUUGUUUAGCAGAUGGCAGGCCUCAGCAGGACAGACACCAGAGACAAACAAGGUGUCUCAACCUCCUGGUACAGCAUCCUUUUCAUUGCCUGAUGACUGGGACAACAGAAGCUCAUAUUUACAUUCUCCCUUCUCUGCUGGACAGAGUUGUGUCCCCCUUCAUGGUGUGAGUCUAGAAGUGAAUGAACUGUUGAUGGAAGCCCAGCUGCUCCAGGUAUCCCUUCCUGAAAUUCAGGAGCUUUAUCAGACUUUACUUACAAAGCCAAGCUCUGCUCAGCCAACUGACCGAAGCUCACCAGUUAGAGCCAGUAGUGAAAAGAAUGAUUGCCUUCGAGGGAAGCGAGAUGGAGUUAACAGUCUUGAGAGAAAACUGAAGAGACGCCCAGAAAGAGAAGGCCUUCCCAGUGAACGGUGGGAUCGAGUUAAAAAAAUGCGGACCCCCCAAAAGAAGAAAAUCAAAUUGAGUCACCCCAAGGACAUGAACAGUUUCAAAUUAGAAAGAGAGCGUAGCUAUGACUCAGUCCGUAAUGCUGAAACUCAUUCCCUGCCCUCAGACACAUCCUACUCCGAACAGGAGGACUCUGAGGAUGAAGAUGCCAUCUGUCCAGCUGUGAGCUGCCUGCAGCCAGAAGGAGAUGAGGUGGACUGGGUCCAGUGUGACGGAAGCUGCAAUCAGUGGUUUCACCAGGUCUGUGUUGGUGUCUCUCCAGAGAUGGCAGAGAAAGAAGACUACAUCUGUGUGCGCUGUUCUGCAAAGGACGCACCCAGCCGAAAGUAAAAACAAAACCCACUCUCUUCCUGUAAUUCAGGACUCCAACAAGAAGCUCUCCUUCCUCAAUCUCAGCAAAGCUACAGGACUGGUCAAGCCAGCCUGUGCACGGUGCUAUUUCUAUUACUGGCGGGAUCAUUUUUCCAGAACUCUUUGAAAAAAAGAAAAAAACAACUAAAAAAAUUUUUGACACUUUUUGUAUUUUUUUCCUUAAGAGCUGUUUGUGGUUGUUGAAGUUUAAAAUGCUGACUGUUUUUUGCAGGGGUCUCUACCGAUUUCGAAGGUAUUGGAGUUUGCACCUUUCCGUGUACAGCAUUAACAUUAUACUUCUGCCUGGGAUUUACCGACUUAAGAGUCCAACUCAGUUUCAGGGCCCAGAAAGGGCAUCAGAAUUCCAGUAACCCUCACUGAGUAACCGUUCUCCUGCACUCUGUUGUUACCACACUGGGGGAAUUUACGUUUUUCACUUUGGGGUUUUUGUUCCUUUCUUUGCUUCUUUUUCUUUCUGGUAGGCUAGGUUUAUUUAUCUGAGCAAUAACUUCUAUGUUGGUUUCAGUGGCUGGAAUUAAAACAAAACAAACUUCUAAACAGUGUGUUGGUGCUUUAGCAUUUGGUUAAUGUACAGGACGCAAAUGUCUGGUUUCUAGUGUCACUGAUGAACUAGUGAUUAGAAAGAGACUGCGCUGUCAUCACCACGGCUGUAGUUUGCCUUUGUCCUGCCCAUUUCUUCUUUUUAGAUUGUAUCAAAUGUUGCAGUUUAUAUUGUGGAAUAAUAAAUCCUUGGUCCUAUUGUAACACUAGACUUCAGCGUCUUCUGCCCUCGACCUUGUGGGCCUACAGAACCAGACAGGGUUGCUUGUUUUCGCUUCUCCCCAGGCAGGCUGCAGCAGAAAUGUGUUUGCUUCAAACUUUCGGAGAGUCUGUCUUUAUAACCGGAUUCUUUACAUUGGCCCUUGCCUUCGUGCCCCACUAAGAAAGAACCCCUGUCUUCAAAGACCAGAGCCAGUCCUUCAAGCCAUGCUGUUUAUAAAUAAGCUCUCAGAAUGUUGAAGUUGCCCCUACAUCACUCCAGACUUCAAAUAAGUCCUUAUGGAAUGCUUUUUAUCAUAUUUGAAUUGUCAGGGAAAUUUGGUUGAGGGUUAAGAUGCUGUGAUUCAUCCUCUUAGAGGGUUGGUUUUAUUGUAUCAGUUGAAGCGAAAUUUGGGACUACCAGCUCUACCUGCCUGGGAUUCCUUUCCCACCUCUGUAUUUCCACCCGUCUUUACUGGUUGUGAACAGCCCCCAGCUGUUUGCCUCCAUUCUGCAGAGGGAAGGGUUAGCCGUCAGCAGAACGAACAUUAGGCUCCUGCUUUUCCUAAGUUGUGGCAGACCCUUCUUCUCCUCACUGUCCAUAGCCAUAAGCCUGACGGUGGGUAGAAUUAGUAGAUCUUCAAUAAAACAUCAAAAACCAGUUUGUGAUGUGGCAGAGAUGUACAUGUACUGUCCCUUUUAUGCAAUGCAGACGAUUAAAUCUGUUUAAGGAUAACUCCUA